AAAUCAUUCCCCCCAAAUCGACAAACGCUGCUGUACCCCACCCUCUGGUAUUAUUAUAUCCACCUCUAGCACUUCCCCAUCGCACUCCAUUUCCGAGUUUUCAUUCCGCAUACCUCUCUUUCUACCUUUGCCAUGCGCAACACAAUGCGCAGAUAACCUCUCCCCCUUCCUUCUCAGAUUCGCUCCAUUCCGAACAGCCGUAGGUUUAAACUAUCUGUGAACCACACCCUGUGACAACAUGGCUCAAGCGAAAUAUACUAGAAUAGAUAAUAAACGAUCGUCGAGUUACUGUUCGACGGUGACAAUUGUCGUGUUUGUAGCUCUUUGCUUGUUUGGGAUUUGGAUGAUGACAUCAUCAUCUGUAGUGCCUGUACAAAAUGUAGAUGUGUCUGAGGAAAGUAAGAAUGAUGUGAGAGAACAGAGUGGGGUGAAAGAACAGGCAACUGACCCCUCUAAUAACAAUUCUCCACAGUUCGAAGAUAAUCGGGGUGAUCUGUCUGAGGAUGCAACCAAAGGGGACGGUAGUGUCACUGCUGAUAAAAACUCAGACGUGCCAGAAAAACAGGAAGAGAAAUUGGACGAAAAGCCUUCAGAGAAAUCUUCUGAAGAUACAAAAACAGAAAAUAACGAUUCAAAUGUGAGUGAGAAGAAAUCUGAUAAUGAUGAGAAUGAGAAGAAGACUGAUUCUAACGAGAAGGAGAAAAAAUCUGAUUCUGAUGAGACUGAGAAAAGAUCCGAUUCUGAUGAGAACGAGAAGAAAUCUGAAUCUGAGGAUAAUGAAAAGAAAUCUGAAUCUGAGGAUAAUGAAAAGAAAUCUGAUUCAGAAGAGGCUGAGAAGAAAUUGGAUUCAGAAGAGACUGAGAAGAAAUCGGAUUCAGAAGAGACUGAGAGGAAAUCAGAUUCAGAAGAGACUGAGAAGAAAUCGGAUUCAGAAGAGUCAGAGAAGAAAUCUGAUUCUGAUGAAAGCGAGAAGAAAUCUGAGGAUUCAAGUGGAUCACUAGAUAAGAUUGACGAAAAGGUGGAACAAAGUGGUAACAAGGAGUCAGAUGAAAAUUCUACGGAGACGAAAACAGAUGACAGUGCCAACAACCAGGCUUCAAAUGAGGUGUUCCCUUCUGUGGCUCAGUCAGAGCUUCUGAAUGAAAGUACCACGUCAAAUGGUUCUUUUUCAACUCAGGCUGCAGUGUCAAAGGAUGAAAAGGAGUCUCAAGUAUCCUCCAAGCAAUCUACUGGCUACAAUUGGAAACUGUGCAAUGUCACUGCAGGCCCUGAUUACAUCCCAUGCCUCGACAACUUGAAAGCAGUUAGGAACCUUCCAAGUACCAAACACUAUGAACACAGAGAAAGGCAAUGUCCUGAAGAACCUCCUACCUGCCUUGUCCCUCUUCCUGAAGGAUACAAACGCCCAAUUGAAUGGCCCAAAAGCAGAGAGAAGAUAUGGUAUUCUAAUGUUCCACAUACUAAGCUAGCUCAAUAUAAGGGGCACCAGAAUUGGGUGAAAGUUACAGGCGAGUACCUUACUUUUCCAGGUGGUGGAACCCAAUUCAAACACGGUGCACUUCAUUACAUUGACACCAUACAAAAGUCUGUACCUGAUAUUGCUUGGGGCAAGCGCUCACGUGUGAUUUUAGACGUUGGAUGUGGUGUUGCUAGCUUUGGUGGCUUUCUCUUUGAAAGAGAUGUACUUACAAUGUCAUUGGCACCAAAAGAUGAACAUGAAGCUCAGGUGCAAUUUGCACUUGAAAGAGGAAUUCCUGCUAUAUCUGCUGUCAUGGGCACAAAGAGGCUUCCCUACCCUGGGAAAGUAUUCGAUGUAGUCCACUGUGCCCGCUGUAGAGUUCCAUGGCAUAUAGAAGGUGGCAAACUUCUUUUGGAGCUGAAUAGAGUUUUGCGACCUGGUGGUUUCUUUGUAUGGUCUGCUACUCCUAUUUAUCAGAAGCUUCCUGAAGAUGUUGAAAUAUGGAAUGAAAUGAAGGCACUAACAAAAGCGUUGUGCUGGGAAGUUGUGUCCAUCAGCAAGGAUAAACUUAAUGGAGUUGGUAUAGCUGUGUACAAGAAGCCAACUUCUAAUGAGUGUUAUGAGAAACGUUCUAAGAAUCAACCUCCUAUAUGUCCAGAUUCUGAUGAUCCUAAUGCAGCAUGGAACGUUCCAUUACAAGCUUGCAUGCACAAAGUGCCAGUGAAUUCAACAGAACGUGGGUCACAAUGGCCAGAGAAGUGGCCAGCAAGACUGACCAACACACCGUACUGGUUGACAAACUCUCAAGUUGGAGUUUAUGGAAAGCCUGCUCCUGAAGAUUUUAAUGCUGACUAUGAACACUGGAAACGUAUAGUAUCCAAGUCUUAUCUUAAUGGGAUGGGGAUUAAUUGGUCCAAUGUGCGGAAUGUCAUGGAUAUGAGAUCAGUCUAUGGAGGGUUUGCCGCAGCCUUGAAGGAUUUGAAUAUUUGGGUCAUGAAUGUGGUUUCAGUAAAUUCCCCGGACACACUUCCUAUUAUAUAUGAGCGAGGUCUCUUUGGUAUGUAUCAUGAUUGGUGUGAAUCAUUUAGCACCUAUCCAAGGUCCUAUGAUCUACUUCAUGCAGAUCAUCUGUUUUCAAAUCUUAAGAACAGGUGUAAUUUAAAAGCUGUUGUGGCUGAGGUUGAUCGGAUCCUUAGGCCUGAGGGAAAGUUUAUUGUCCGAGACACUGUUGACAUCAUUAACGAGCUUGAAAGUAUGGUGAAGUCCAUGCAGUGGGAGGUCCGCAUGACUUACUCUAAAGAUAAGGUGGGCAUUUUAUGUGUCCAGAAGUCCAUGUGGCGGCCUAAAGAAUUGGAGACCCUCGAGUAUGCUAUUGGUUAAGAUGCCAACCAGAUUGUUGGGUGAUUUUUGGGUUUUGGCUGCUCAAAAUUCUUUUGUAACUGUACUGCCGCCAUUAUUUAUGUAUCAUUAUAGUUAGGCAGUUUGUGUUCGUCUUUUUCUUUGGUAAUUAAUUUUGAUCUCCUCUGUUUAUGGGUUGGUGUCUUUUGAUGCAACAUAGUUAAGGAAAUUUGAUCAUAUUCUUUCAACUGUAGAGGCUUUUGGUAAUUAAUAUUUGAGGUUCUGGAAAAGAUAUCGCCAAAAGUUGGUGGUAGUUAUGAUAUUGAAUAUAUGGACAGGAGCAAUAUAUUAUUGGUUCAAAUAUCAAAUACUGGAAGUUGAAGGCUUACUAGUA